AUGUCUCUUUCGCUGCCGACGAGUCCGUCGGCUGGGGGUCGCGUUCGUCGCGGGCGGUUUACGUCCGCGGAGAAGGCGAAGAUUCUUCAGACUCUGGAGGAGUACGCCGGCGUCUGGGGCUACGGGUCGGUGAAGGAGGCGGUGAUUGACUUGUGUGAGCCUGCGCGGCGCGACGCGUCCAAGACGGCGAUGGCGAAGAGAGACCGUUUCGCGACUCUCGCGCGGUGCCUGCCGGAUCGGCCGCCGUCCUCAGUCUACCUCUUUGUGAGGCGCACGCUGUGUGUGGCGUUGCAGGUGAAGAAGAAGGGAGUUUGGAGCAGCGAAGAAAUCAAGACGCUGAUCGAGCUCGAGAAGGAGCUGCGCGUCACGCAUCCCGGAGACCGCUUCGCGCGGAUCGCCGAGACCCUGAACCGCACGGCGUGCUGCGUGUACGACAAGUGGAAGGAGUUGCAGCCGCGGCUCCUCGCCGUCGAGGCGGAGACGAAGCUGCGCGAACAAGCCGAGAAGCGCCCAGACGCCGAGGGCGAGCGAGAGACCGAGGAGACGCGUCACUCGACCGAGACGAGGCCGCGGGCUGCUGGCGAAGAAGGCGGCAAAGGCGACGGAGGCGCGGAGACGCGACAGCCUGGCGAGAAAGCCGAGGGCCGGGGGCGAGAAGCCCGGAGAGAAGAAAUGGUGCAGUACCAGGCGCUUCUCGACUCUGCUGCGCCGUUGCCGGCAACGACGCUCGUCCAGGAAGUCUCCAGCGAGCGGCUGCCUGCAUGCGGCGUGAAAUGGCGGCACCUUCAGUCGCACUUCUACCCGCAGUCGACCGCCUCCCACCUGCGGCUCCAGUACACCUUCAACAUCGUCCCGGUCGAACUCGCGAGAAGAAUGGGAGUGCCGUCGGCGCUCCCGGUGCUCCUGCGGCGCGCCGUCCGGUCGAUGUACCGGCGGCUGAAGCGGGAGACCGCGCGCGCACACGGCCGCGAGCGCGAGCGCCAGGCGGAGGACGAAGAAGCUGUCGCAAACAAAGCGGCGCGUCUCGGGCUCGAGACAGCCGAGAGCGUCGAAGGCGCGGAGGACGCAAAGCGCGAGGCGACCCUUUGCAUGCAGGCGGAAGAGAGCCUGAGUGGGUUCACGGACGUGGCCUGUCUCGACAUCGCCCCGUACUGCCCGCCGGCGCUCCUCACUUGGGCGUUUCGGAACACCGUCCGCUCUCUAUGCCCGCCGAAAGAGCUGGCGAAGCGCGAGCGCAGGGAGAGUAAGGCGGCGGAGCGCAAGGGCCCAGACGCACACAGCGAGACGGAGACGGGGGGACCACCCAAAGGCGAUAACGGAGGCGCGACUGCCGGCGAGGCCGGAGGCGCGACGGAAGGCGAGAGCAGCGAGGAGGACCGGAAAGGGAGUGGAAAGCGGCUGAAGGACUACUCCGCAUUUCGCCGUUUGAAAUACGUGCCGGGGCAGCGUCUCUCCCUCGCGCAGCAGACGCGGCUCCUCGCAUGCCAUCUGAAGAUGCUCGGGAAACGCGUCAGCAAGAAACGGGACGAGUAUCUGUUUCUAAGAGGCGCCUUGGCCUGCGAAGACUUUGCUGUCGCGGUGAGGCGCGCGAUUCGGCGCAGAGGAGCCUCAGGGGAGGUGGGGCGCGACGAGGGCGACGAGGGCGGGCCAGACGAGCGCCGGACGGGGAAGGCGAGCGCCGCGAGGCGGAACAAGAGGCGCCUGCGCGAAUCGGACAGAAAGAAACUCAAAAAGAGCCGAAGGGAAAGAGAAGAAGGCGAGGGAGAAAGGACGGAAGGCGGCGAGACAGAAGGCGAGGGAGAAAGGACGGAAGGCGGCGAGACAGAAGGCGAGGGAGAAAGGACGGAAGGCGGCGAGACAGAAGGCGAGGGAGAAAGGACGGAAGGCGGCGAGACAGAAGGCGGCGAGACAGAAGGCGAGAUGACCGAUGGGGUUUCGGGGUUCGCGUCGUCCUCGGAGAGUGAAGAGGAAGAGACGGAGGAAGACUGGAGAUGUGAAUCCGAGGAGAGGGAGAAAGAGAGACACAUGGGAGAAGAAGAAAAGCAGCGAAAGUGGCGAGAGGAGGCUCGACAGCUGGGGCGUCGGGGCGUUCUAGCGCUGAUCCGGAAGAAAGGGAGCAAGGAACUGAAGAGACUGAAGACUUACAAUCAGCGUUUCUUCACGUUUGGGAAGAAAGAACCGUGCAGCUACGCACUGCCACCCGGAGGACGAGAACAGUUAGAUUCUGCGUUUUCGUCGCUCUCGAUGGAGCCGAGCAGCUUGUCUCUCUGUCCCUCUGCGGCUCGUCCGUCGUCCCCUGCGUAUCCAGUCGGGCAGCCCAGGCAGAGCGGCCGAAGGCGAGAGCGCGGACGAGAAGGCAGAGAGGGAGAGAGUGCGGAGACACACGCGCAAAGACUCGCCAUCUGCGACGGAACGACGGACGCGAGAGAGCCGAGCCCGCGAGGGGAAGAGGCAGAGGAAGCAAGAAAGUCAACGGAAGCGAAACCCGCUGAGGGACAGCGAAGGGAAGGAAAGGUCAACGGAGGAGAACCAGAAGGAAAGGAAGAACAAGAAGGCGACGAAGAGGAAGAAAGAGAUGAAGGAAGAGAAGAGGGAGGAGAUGAAGGAAGAGAAGAGGGAGGAGAGAGAGAAGAAGGCGAUGAAGGCAGCGAAGAAGAGAGAGAAGGAGAUGAAGGUAGAGGAGGGAGAGAAGACAGAGGAGCAGAGAGGGAAGGAGAGAAGGGGGGUGCUGGAGAAGAGAGGAAGAAGCGAGGCAGUGCCCGAUUUUCUGAUGCGCGCGAUGGCAAGGAAGAAGAGGCAGACGGCGAGCCGGCGAGAAGAGAAGACACGGAAGGCGGAGAGUCGGAGUGUGGGAAGAGGAAAGUGGAACACGCAGAGAAGGGACAAGAAGGGGAAAUCCACCUGACAACGCCGCUUAGGAAACGAAGGCGGAGGGGCGAUGCAGCGGCGGGAGAGAGGGAGAGUCAGGAGCCCGUGCGAGGCGGAGCAGAGAGGGAGGCGGAAAUUCUUGGGGGGGUUGGAGAAGGAGAAUCCGACGAAACAGCGGGAGGCGAGCCGUGCGACACAGGGCGAGGCACGAACAAGGAACCGAGAAAAGAUCUUCCGCGUUCUCCGUCGAUUUCGGACACACGGACGGAAGAGCCGGAAGACAGCGGAGCGACGGGCAGCGGUGAGGAAGGCGAGACGGGAGGAGAAGGAAAGAGGGGACAGGGAGAUAAACCAGAUGCGGAGGAAGAAAGAGAAGAUGACGACCGUGAGCGAGAGGUGCCAGGUUGGCAAGACGAAGAAGGCGCACUGAGACUCACGAUCUCUGACGAAGAAGAUGAGGAAGACGAAAGACAAGAGGAAGGCGUACCAGAGGCGGAAGAAGGAGAGGAGGAAGAGGCCGCGGAGAAAGACACACGAGAAGGAAGAAAGAAGCGUGGAGGGGAGCCAGGGGGGGAGAAUGGGACGGAGGAAGAGGCCGCGGAGAAAGACACACGAGAAGGAAGAAAGAAGCGUGGAGGGGAGCCAGGGGGGGAGAAUGGGACGGAGGAAGAGGCCGCGGAGAAAGACACACGAGAAGGAAGAAAGAAGCGUGGAGGGGAGCCAGGGGGGGAGAAUGGGACGGAGGAAGAGGCCGCGGAGAAAGACACACGAGAAGGAAGAAAGAAGCGUGGAGGGGAGCCAGGGCGGGAGAAUGGGACGGAGGAAGAGACGCAGGAAGACCACGAAGGCGACGACAGAAAGGCUGGCGGGGCAGGAGACAGCCUGAAACAGCAGAGAGCGGAGAAGGAAGAGGAGAGGAGACAACAGAACGAACAUGAGGAGGGGGAGAGUCGAGGGGGGCCGAACGAGAAGCGGCGAAACGAAGCGAAGGACAAAAAGAGGAAGAAGACCCGGGAACAUCGGGUCUCAAGCGAGACGAGACACUGCUUCGGAGAGAUAGAAGGCGGCAGGUCGGAACGCGAUGGAGACGCGCAUGCGGAGAGCGCUCGAACUGCGGAAGAGGACGAGCAAGAAGAGGGGGAGCAAGAAGACGGCGCGGGUGGUCAUCGCGAGGAAGAAGACGGGGGAACGACAAAAGGCGGGCGAGCCGAAGAAGAUAGGAGCGCCGACGUCGGAAGGCCACGGGAAGGCGAACUGCGUUUGAAGAAAAAGAACAAGAAGAAGAAGAGGGAGAAGCUUUCCUGUGAGGAAGCUCAGCUACCUGAAAGUCCGUCUGUUGCCGGAGUGUUUGAAGCAGAAAAUGCGCUUGCCAGUCAUCGACACGACGGGGCCGGAGAUCUGCCUGGGGAGAAGAAAACGACGGUUGGCGACAGCGCGGUGUGUAUGGCGUUUGUGUCGCGCGAUCGAGACAGAGAAGAGGCAGAAGGGAACGCAGGAGGCGAGUCGGAGAACAGGCGCGUGGAAGUCGGGGAAACAAGGAAAGUCGAAGAGAAAGAGGUGAAGAAGAAGAAAAAAAAGAAGAAACGGAGUGUCGGGUCUUCCGAAGAUCGAGCUUGUGGACAUUCCGUAUCCGCGUGCGUCGACGGCGAAGCGGGGAAGCAAGAAGGGAGACGAGACGAAGGAGCAAGGAGGGAAGAGAACCCCGACCGAGUGCAAGUGACUGUGGACAAAGUCGCGACGCAGCUGUUGGCUUCUGCGGAAGAAAGCGCAUGGAGGGAUGCUCCGAACCGAGCAGAGGAGAAGGAAGAAAGCGAACGGACCCUCCCGGACGGAGGAGACAGGCAAGCAGCUGGCGUAACCGACGCGGCGCGCGUGAAGAAGAAGAAACGGAAAGAGAAGUGUUUUGUUGACGACAAAGACUGCACCAAAGAUUCGCUCGUGCCGACUCCGCUUCCCCCCGAGCGUGGGGAAAGUUUCGAGGCCCAAAGCGAGAGUCAGGAGCAAAGGGUGGAACGAGCUAGAGAGCCGCAGGUUUCCGUGAAGAAAAAGAAGAAAAAGAAGAAGAAAGACGCGAACGAGCAGGCGUCUUGGGAAAGAAGUGAAGAAUGUGCUGAGCCGCAGAGGCGUGUCUCUGUGGGGGACCACGGUGAGAUCGACGAGAGCACCAGAUUGAAGGGACGAGAAGAAGGACAAGAGCAAGAAGAGAGAGAGGGACAGGCGGACGGAGGAGCUACGCUGCGUGUCCAAACAGAGAAAAGAAAGAAGGUGCACUUCUCUGACGAGGACGUUGGGCGGAACGGGCUCGAGGGCGAAGUCUCUGUUUCUCGUGGGGACUCGAUGAGUCCCUCCAGAGACGGCGCGUUGCCUCUGAGGGUUACGCCAGGCCGCCCUGUCUUCGAGCCCAACACAGAAAAUCCAGACGACGCACGUGGCGGGGGGCAGCAAGAGUGUGUCUCUUCGGUCGCAGAUGCCUGCGCGGCGGAAGCCAAGAAGAAAAAGAAGAAAAAGGAAGCCGAAAGCGGGGAGAGGAGCGAGGAAGGAGACACUGAAGAACAUUUGAAUGGGAAGAAAGAACCUAGGAAACACAAAUUGCGAAAAGGCGACAGGAAACACAGGGACUACGACUCACACAAGAAGGGAGACCGGACGGGUAGCAGAGAAGACAAGACUGCAGCGGAAGACAGCGGAGAAACGUGA